AUGAUGUCUCUACGACGCGCCGUGCGGACGGCUUCGUCGUCGUACCUGCGGACAACAAAAUUUGCACACCAGAAAAACAUAUCUAGGAUACAGCCAUUGUCGUCAACACCAUGGCCCACCGCGGACUUCCAAUGGCGUCGCUGGACUCAGUCUGCCGCAGCAGCCCGUGAGCAGCCCGAUUCCUCGAAUCCGGCCAUGUCGUUCCCUUGUCUAGAUGCCCAAGAAGCCAAAACAGUAUCGCUAUCCAGACGCUCCAUGAACACCGGCCCUGAACCGUCGUACACUACCGGACAUCACGAGAAGUUCCAUUGUGAGAACCCGCUGCUUCUCGACUGGGGCGGUGUGCUCCCUGAAUUCGACGUUGCGUAUGAGACCUGGGGAACUCUGAAUGCCGACAAGAGCAACGCAAUUCUCCUCCAUACAGGACUCUCCGCGUCGAGUCAUGCACACAGUACACCAUCAAACCCGAAGAAUGGCUGGUGGGAGAAGUUCAUCGGUCCUGGAGCUCCUCUCGAUACGAACAAAUAUUAUGUUAUCUGCACAAAUGUCAUCGGCGGUUGUUACGGAAGCACGGGGCCUUCGUCCAUUGACCCAUCUGACUCAAAGCGAUAUGCCACACGUUUUCCCAUCUUGACAAUAGAGGAUAUGGUACGAGCACAAUUCCGACUUCUCGACUCUCUGGGUAUUCAGAAACUACAUGCAUCUGUUGGCUCCAGUAUGGGCGGAAUGCUGAGUUUAGCAGCCGGUGUUCUCUUUCCAGAAAGAAUGGGAAGAUUGAUUAGUAUCAGUGGAUGUGCGCGCAGUCACCCAUACAGCAUCGCUAUGCGCCAUACUCAACGACAAGUUCUUAUGAUGGACCCCAAUUGGCAACGCGGCUUCUAUUACGACUCGAUUCCUCCUCAUCACGGUAUGAAACUUGCCCGCGAGAUCGCUACCGUCACAUACCGAAGUGGUCCUGAAUGGGAACAGCGAUUCGGCAGGAAGAGAGCCGACCCUAGCAAACAGCCUGCUCUUUGCCCAGACUUUUUAAUCGAAACUUAUCUAGACCAUGCCGGAGAGAAAUUCUGUCUUGAAUACGAUGCCAACAGUUUGUUGUACGUGUCCAAAGCCAUGGAUCUUUUUGAUUUGGGUCAUGCCCAUCAGGUCGCAACCCGAGAACGAAGGGAGCAAAACCAGAAGAAUAUGGCACUGGGCAAUAUUGAACGAAACGAUGCAUCUUGCAGCUUGACUCUGCCCGACAAACCAUAUGAAGAACAGCCCGCUGCUUUGUCGUCUUUGACGCCAAUGAAUGAGCCCGCAACCGUCGAAUCGACUGAUGGCCCCCCACAGGAUCUUGUGCGCGGCAUGUCCCCUCUGAAAGACCAUCCUGUUCUUGUCAUGGGUGUCGCAAGUGACAUUCUAUUCCCAGCAUGGCAACAGCGAGAAAUUGCAGACACAUUACGAGCUGCAGGAAAUCAGAAGGUCGAGCAUUUCGAACUAGGGGAGGACCUCUCUCUCUUCGGGCAUGACACAUUCCUGCUGGACCUUGAGAAUAUUGGAGGUCGCGUCGGCAAGUUUCUGGGAUAA